AAAUAUAAAACACACAUUUGACCAAAACUCAAGCUUUCAAAAAACCUCAACAAUGGCUUCCAAAUUCUCCAUGGAAGACACAAUACAAAGAAUAGUAAACAACCUGGAAAUUCAAACACCCAUUUCACAACAAUCCUUAAAAGACUUACAAACCCUUUUAGAUCACACUUUGAAAACCAACGAUCCAAUAGAUAUUAACGAUUUUUACGAUGAAUUAUCUUCAAGAAAUCUCUCACCCACUUCAUUAAUCAAUUCAAUUGCUUUAACAAUGGAUUCUUCACCUUCAAAUGUUUCAAUUUUAGCCUCUAAAGUUUACUUAUCUCUACUUUUAACCCCUAAUUCACCUGUUUUCACACUUUUUAGUCCUAUGGGUUUUUUAUCACUUCUUAGAUCAAUUAGACAAGGUUUUAAGACACCCUUUAGGGUUUCUGAAAAUGGGUUAGGUACAAAUAGUCAAGGAAAGAAGAAAAAAGGAAGGGCCCGAACGGGUAAUAGUCGAAAAAGUGGGGUAAAUUUUGAAAAUGAGAGUGAAUUUGAUGUUAGGGUGUUGUUUAUUGUGCUAGAAAGGUUGAAAUUGGUGUUGGGGUUGGUUCAUUUAGGUCGAUUUCCGGAUUGUUUAAGGAGUUUAGUACAAACUGUGAGUGAAAUCGCGGUUAAAGCAGUUGAUUUAUGCGCGAAUUCGGGGAAUUAUAUGAGGUUUUGUGAGUUAUGUAAUGAGAUUUUGAGUGAAGUGUUGAAAAGUGAACAUGGUGAUCAAGGGGUAUCAUCUGUUGAGAUAUUGAAGUGUUUGACACCUUUGAUUUUAUUAGUUAAAUCACCUGCAAGAACUUUAAGUUUAGAAUUUGUGGUUAAUAGAAUGAUGGGGUUGGGAAAAGAAUCAAAUGAUAUUAAAAAAGCAGUCUUGAAUUUGCCUAAGUAUAUAGUGCAAAAGGCACCCGAAAAAGCUGAGCCAAGGGGUGCAGCUGUUGAAGCUAUAGUGGAAAUUGUUAAAGUUAUGGACUUUGAGGAUCAAGACGAGUUUGCUAGUUAUGUGGUGAAAAUGAGCCAAGCGAAAGCGCAGUUGAGGUUAUUAGCUGUGGACCUUAUUUUAGCGUUAAUGAUGUCGUUAAAGGAUCCGUUCGGGUGGGAUUUGGAUGUUGAGGUUGAGAAUUCUUGGGGGUUGAGUUGUUUGGAGGUGUUGAUUCAGCGUUGUUCGGAUGCAACUGCUGGAAUAAGGGCUCGUGCUUUGGCAAAUUUGGCUCAAUUGGUGGGGUUUUUCUCGGGGAAUGAUAAGAGCAAAGCUGUGCUGAAGAAGUUUAUGGGGUUUGAUAAUAAGCCUGGAAGUGUAAUGAAUGAUAUUUUGAAGAAAAGGUGUAUGGACGAGAAGGCUGCAGUAAGGAAGGCUGCUCUUCUUGUAAUAUCGAAGCUGACAUCUCUUUCAGACAGUGCUCCAGAUGAAGAUUUUCUUAAGACAUUAGGCAUGGCAUGUUCUGAUCCACUUGUUAGCAUAAGGAAAGCGGCAAUUUCAGCUCUUUCAGAGGCAUUUAGGAUAUUCACAGAAGGCAGUGUAGUUAAGGAGUGGUUACAUUCCAUUCCCCAUCUAAUAACUGAUAAUGAAUCUAGCAUACAGGAAGAGUGUGAGAAUCUGUUCCUAGAGUUGGUCCUGGAUCGCAUAUCUAGAGCUGGAUCCAUUAAUUCAAAUGGCAAGGCAGCAGCUUUAGAGACGGAAAUGGAAUUGUUAUAUCCUCAGGGAGCUCUAGGUAUAUUGAGAGAGAUAAGUGACGGAGAGGUGACACCCUGGGUGAAGAAGAUCUGCACAAAUUUAGGAAAGAAGAAAAAACUAAAGCCUAAGAUUGUUACUACACUUCAAAAUAUCAUAAGGUCGUCCGAAUCUCUGUGGCUGAGCAAUUCCAUGCCAAUAGAUAAGUGGACAGCUCCUCCAGGUGUUUGGUUUCUACUCUCAGAGGUGUCAGCAUUCCUUUCCCGAGCUACGGAUUGGGAAUUCCUCCAUCAUCAUUGGCAGCUCCUUGACAAGUAUAAAGGCACCACUGCAGAUCAUGGUAGCUCAUGGGAUCCAGGUUGUCCGGAGGAAGGGCUAAAUACAACAUCAAGCACUUUUUCAUGGGCUGCAGAUCGCGUAUAUCUUUUGCAAACAAUCUCUAAUGUUUCUAUGGAUCUGCCUCCUGAACCUGCAGCAGAUCUAGCUCAUAACCUUCUUCAACGUUUAGAGGAGUUCAACAUGCAUUCGACAGAGGUUAAUGCUCACGUGAAAGCACUCAGAACUUUGUGCAAGCGGAAGGCUCUGAACCCUCAAGAGGGUGAUUCCCUUGUUGCGAAAUGGGUAAAUCAGCUAAUAUCCAAAGCUUCGAGAUUUCUAGAUGCAUACAUGUCAAAGAAUGUGGAAGAACACGGAAAUGAUAUCUUUCUCACACCACUUGGGGGUACGACUGGAAAGGGAAAAAGAGCAGUGGCGUCAAACUCUAAAUUGUUACCAGAAACAAUAACUGCAGUUCAUACUAUUGGAUCUCUUGUUAUUAUUUGUCCUUCAGCUAAUGUAUCAACCAUUGUUCCCAUUUUACACACGAUUAUCACUUCCGAUACCAGUAACACUAGAGCUAAGAAACCAGCAGAAUCUUCGAUUUCCAUAAAGCGGACUGCUCGUUCCUUGUAUAUUCAAGCUUGGCUAACCAUGGGAAAGAUCUGCCUCACUGAUGGGAAACUUGCAAAGCGCUACAUUCCUCUGUUUGUCCAGGAGCUUGAGAAGGGUGAUUGUGCUUCCCUCCGCAACAACAUAGUUGUAGUGAUGGCAGAUUUCUGUGUACGCUAUACUGCUCUAGUUGACUGUUACCUAUCAAAGAUCACCAAAUGCCUACGUGAUCCAUGCGAACUUGUUAGAAGGCAGACAUUUAUACUACUAUCCAGACUAUUGCAGAGAGACUACGUCAAGUGGAGAGGAGUGCUUUUCCUUCGGUUCCUGUUAUCUCUUGUUGAUGAAUCAGAGAAGAUAAGACAAUUGGCUGAUUUUCUAUUUGGAAAUAUAUUAAAAGCCAAAGCACCACUUUUGGCCUAUAACAGUUUUGUAGAGGCCAUGUUUGUGCUGAAUGACUGCAACGCUCAUACUGGAUCCAGUAAUCCUCAGAAUUCACGAAAUGAGACCCGGAUUUUUUCUAUACGAGGAAAUGAUGAGAAGUCGAGGUCUUCAAGAAUGCACAUAUAUGUGACAUUACUAAAACAAAUGGCUCCAGAGCACCUACUAGCCACAUUUGCCAAAAUAUGUGCGGAGAUCCUUGCUGCUGCAUCUGAUGGUUUGCUUAAUAUUGAGGAUGCGACUGGACAGUCCGUUCUGCAGGAUGCAUUCCAAGUUCUUUCUAGUAAGGAGAUCCGAAUUUCCACUAGCCGUGGGUCGACCACAGAAUCAGCAGAUGUGGAAGAAGAUGGGGCAGAUGGAGGAGCAUCCUCAGCAGCAAAGGGAAGAGCAGUAACACAAGCAGUCAAGAAAAGCUUAAUCCAGAAUACUAUCCCCAUUUUUAUAGAGUUAAAACGUCUACUCGAGAGCAAAAAUAGUCCUCUCACUGGUUCGCUCAUGGAAUGCCUUAGGAACCUCCUCAAGGAUUACAAGAACGAGAUUGAUGACAUGUUGGUUGCUGAUAAGCAGCUCCAGAAAGAGCUGGUUUACGACAUGCAAAAAUACGAAUCGAUGAAGGCAAAGUCAGCUGCUACUGAGGCAGUUGCAACCAUGCAAAGAUCAGAUCUUUAUCGGUCACCAAUUAAUACUAAGGCAAGUUCAAGCUUCAUGAACAAGAAAUCCGAUGAGGGCAAUACGAAAAUUGCGUCAGCCAUGGCAGAUGCAGUGGCGGCUGUCACAGCUCGAUCGGUGCUAAGGGAAGUUAAUAGAGGAACAUUAACUCCACCACUUAGUGCAAUGAAGGCACCUAGGCUCAAGUCUCACUCAGGUGGUGGAGGACUAAGCAGAGGAGACAAGCCUCCUGAAGUGAUUGAAUCUUUAAGAAGAAGGCAAAACUUUGAUUCUGAUGAGGAAGAUUGAUUGCUCAUUCACAUUCCAUCAUACAUUAAUGGAGAUUAGUAGGAUUAGAAUUCGGAGCUGUACAAAAGUUAGUCUCAUUCUUGAAAGCUUGGAAGUUUAAGUUCUUUUGCUAUAGAAGUGUAGUUGCUUUUAGCCUUUCUUUUUGAAGAGGAAGAGAGCAUUGUAAAUUCUUUUGUAGCUCAGCCUCACUAUCUCAGUGUGAUGCUGAAACAUUCCUUCUGAACAAUAAGAAGAAAAAACUUCUCUAUGGCUAAAUUAGGUAGAGGUUAUUUCUUUUCUUCAUGUAAUAUAUAUUCUUAAUAUUUAGUAGUGUUACUAGUACCCUCCUAGUA